UGGCGGAGUCCGGUGGAGGCGGCGGCGCUGGUGGCGGCGGCUUCGGCGCGGGCCCGGGCCCAGAGCGUCCGAGCAGCAUGGCUGACAAAAAUGGAGCUCUCAAGUGCACCUUCUCGGCGCCCGGCCAUAGCACCAGCCUCCUGCAGGGUCUUGCUGCCCUCCGUGCCCAGGGCCAGCUGCUGGACGUUGUACUCACCAUCAACAGAGAGACCUUCCAUGCGCACAAGGUGGUCCUGGCCGCCUGCAGCGACUACUUCAGGGCCAUGUUCACGGGUGGCAUGAGGGAGGCGAGCCAGGACAUCAUCGAGCUGAAGGGCGUGUCCGCCCGCGGCCUGCGGCACAUCAUCGACUUUGCCUACAGUGCCGAGGUGACGCUGGACCUGGACUGCGUGCAGGACGUGCUGGGUGCGGCCGUGUUCCUGCAGAUGCUUCCCGUGGUGGAGCUGUGCGAGGAGUUUCUUAAGGCCGCCAUGAGUGUAGAGACCUGCCUGAACAUCGGCCACAUGGCCACCACUUUCAGCCUGGCCUCGCUCAAGGAGUCCGUGGAUGCCUUCACCUUCCAGCACUUCCUGCAGAUCGCGGAGGAGGAGGACUUCCUGCACCUCCCGCUGGAGCGCCUGGUCUUCUUCCUACAGAGCAAUCGGCUGCAGAGCUGUGCGGAGAUUGACCUGUUCCGCGCGGCGGUCCGCUGGCUGCAGCACGACCCGGCCCGGCGGCCGCGUGCCAGCCAUGUGCUCUGCCACAUCCGCUUUCCGCUCAUGCGGUCGUCAGACCUGGUGGACAGCGUGCAGACGCUGGACAUCAUGGUGGAGGAUGUGCUGUGCCGGCAGUACCUGCUGGAGGCCUUCAACUACCAGGUGCUACCCUUCCGGCAGCACGAGAUGCAGUCCCCGCGCACGGUCGUGCGCUCCGACGUGCCCUCCCUGGUCGCCUUCGGUGGCACGCCCUACACCGACAGCGACCGCUCUGUCAGCAGUAAGGUGUACCAGCUGCCCGAGCCCGGCGCCCGCCACUUCCGGGAACUCACCGAGAUGGAGGUGGGCUGCAGCCACACGUGCGUGGCCGUCCUGGACAACUUCGUGUACGUGGCCGGGGGCCAGCACCUGCAGUACCGCAGCGGUGAGGGCGCGGUGGACGCCUGCUACCGCUACGACCCCCACCUGAACCGCUGGCUGCGCCUGCAGGCCAUGCAGGAGAGCCGCAUCCAGUUCCAGCUGAACGUGCUGUGCGGCAUGGUGUACGCCACGGGCGGCCGCAACCGGGCGGGCAGCCUGGCCUCAGUCGAACGGUACUGCCCGCGGCGCAACGAGUGGGGUUACGCGUGCUCUCUGAAGCGCCGCACCUGGGGCCACGCGGGUGCCUCGGCGGGGGGCCGCCUCUACAUCUCCGGUGGCUAUGGCAUCUCCGUGGAGGACAAGAAGGCGCUGCACUGCUAUGACCCUGCCGCCGACCAGUGGGAGUUCAAGGCACCCAUGAGUGAGCCCCGCGUGCUUCACGCCAUGGUGGGUGCCGGCGGCCGCAUCUAUGCCCUCGGUGGCCGCAUGGACCAUGUGGACCGCUGCUUUGACGUGCUGGCAGUGGAGUACUACGUGCCCGAGACGGACCAGUGGACCAGCGUGAGCCCCAUGAGGGCCGGCCAGUCGGAGGCUGGCUGCUGCCUGCUGGAUAGGAAGAUCUAUAUCGUGGGGGGCUACAACUGGCGCCUCAACAAUGUGACGGGCAUCGUGCAGGUGUACAACACGGAGACGGACGAGUGGGAGCGCGACCUGCACUUCCCAGAGUCCUUCGCGGGCAUCGCCUGUGCCCCUGUCCUGCUGCCCCGGUCAGGGACCAGGAGGUAGCCCCUGGUACCCCUGGGACCCGGCCCAGCCUCAGGCUGUCUCUGCGAGGGGUGUGGUGAGCGCACACUGGGGCCGAGAACCACGAACCACCCCGGGCCCGUGGGCUGACGUCAUGGGGCCUGCUGUGUUGAUGAGGCCCCCUUCUGGGGUCCCUCCUUCCUUCCCAGAGCAGAUCCUGGCUUCGUGCCCACCGAGGGAGCCUGCCAGCGAUGAGGCUGACGUGUCAUGGCAGCAGAGGCACACCCGAGGAGGUUUCCUCACCUGCCCCAUAUCCCUGCUCACGGAGGGAAUCGGGGUCUCCUUUGAGGUGUGGUUGUGUGGCUUUGUCCCACUUCUCUCCUCCCCCGGCUCGGCGGCCUCAGACAUUCUGAUGCGAGCUCGUUAACGUCGAUCCCCAAAUCCAUGGUUUGUGCCCUGCCCCCUCCCAAGUUUCUUGCAUCAUCUAUUUUUUUAAAAUAAACACCACCCCCAAACUCUGUAACAUAUGGACCUCCAGGAGCUGGUGAGGUGGCAGGGACGCACCCAGCUCAGGGUUGACCUCGAGUGGGCAUAUUUCUGCCUCCAAUAAGCCCAGGCUGCUGGGGUGGGAGCGUGGCCUUGGAGGAGAGUCUCACACUUGUCUCCAUGCCUGUCUUCGGUCCCAAUACCUUCGGUGUGUGCGGUUGUCCACUUUCAGAAGGAAGAAACACAGCCAGCUCUCAGAGACGGUCCUCAUAGUCGGCCAGCCUUCCAUUUGGCGCGGGGCGUCUCGUGGGGCCUCGGUGAGGAGCAGGCCAAGAUGCCCCCGUUCCCUUCCUCAUCCCCUGGUGCAAGGGUGACACCUGCUUUAGAACUCACAGUGUGUCUGCAUUCCUACGAGAUUUUUAUCUCUCUCCCUUUCUCCAGCCUUCCAUUCCCACCUUGUCCUGUGUUCAGGUUGUCCUGCCACCAGGCCUGGGCCCCCUCAGCAAGGGAAGUCGGGUGGGUGGUGCGGCCUCUUCCCUUCAGGGGCUUUGCAGCAGCUCCGGCCACAUUUGUUUUGUUGUCAAACCUCUAAAGUUGUUUAUUAUUAUUAUUAUUUUGGGGGGGUUCUAUUUUGCUU